AUGAGGAGCCUCUGCUCUUGGCUUUGCCUCCUUCUGCCUCUGAGUGCCUGCUUUCCUCUGCUGGACAGAAGGGGACCCACAGACGUCGGUGACGUCGGAGCCAGGAUGAGCUGGGUCCAGCUGACUGAGGGACACACCCCCCGCUCAGUUCAAAGUCCACGGCCACAGGCCCUGCUCGUGGUGGCCAAGGAGCAGCAGGCCUCUCGAAGGGAGCACACCGGCUUCCGCCUAGGGAGGCAGGACAGUGGCAGUGAAGCCGCGGGGUUCCUGCCCACUGACUCAGAGAAGGCCAGCGGCCCCCUGGGGACUCUGGCAGAGGAGCUCAGCAGCUACAGCCGGAGGAAGGGAGGCUUCAGCUUCCGCUUCGGCCGGUGA